AUGUCUGUGAUCUGUAUUAAAUUGGCAAAACCUACAUCUAAUGACUCGGACGGGAAUAUGAUGUUUAAAAAUAAUGUAUUUAAUGAGACGACAAGUGAAUCGACAACUGAGAAAAUAAAUGUAGUUUUCGAUGCCUUUAAGUCGACAUUCAAUAAGAGCUACAAUACAUCGGAGAAUGAGAUGAGAAAAACUAAUUUCUUGAAAUCCAUUGACUUUAUCGCCAAACAUAACCAAUUGUUUUUGAACGGCACUGUCAGCCACGGCUUGGCGCCCAAUAAAUUCAUUGAUCUGUCGGACGACGAGUUAUCAACAAUAAUACGACAGCAGAAUAUUCGCAAGAAUUUUAAUCUACAAAAUUCUGUGCCUCGAAAGCAAGGGAUUGUGUACGAUGUGGACAGUUGUGUACUGCCCCUGGAGUUUGAUUGGCGUGUAUUGGGUAAAGUGACGAAAGCCAAGGAUCAGAUGAGUUGCAACUGUUGCUAUGCGUUCACCGUCGUGGCCACCAUUGAGAGUGCGAUCGCUAUUCACCGCAAUCUGUCGGCACAUCCUCGCGACGAUACGGACGCCCCGUCCAUAGAUCUAUCGGAGCAGCAAAUAGUGGACUGCUCUGCCUCUGCAAAGUAUCACAACAACGGCUGUCAAUACGGAUAUAUAGACGACACCUAUCAGUAUGUGAUGGACAGAGGCGUUGUCACGGAAGCCGAUUAUCCGUACAUCGAAGCAAAGUCUGUGUGUUUGGAUGAAAUACAAACAAACCGCACAUAUAUCGCCAAAUUCAACCACUUGUCACAUCCGGGUAUAAAUCAAAUAAAGGAUGUAAUCUAUAGGAGUGGACCCGUCAUCGCACUCAUCAAUAACGAUGGCCUCGAUUUCAUUUUCUAUAAUCGAGGUAUAAUCAAAACUCCGGACAAAAGCCAUAGGGAGAGGAAUUACAAUCACGCGGUGGUUAUAGUGGGAUGGGGUCUACACAAUGGCACCGAGUAUUGGAUUGUGAAGAAUAGUUGGUCUCAAGACUGGGGAUACAAUGGGUUCGCUAUGAUUGAGUUCGGGGUCCGAGGAAUCAAUGAUUAUAUUUAUUAUCCAAUUCUGGACGAUACGGAUGACAAGAAUUUUAACCACACCUUAAUCAUUGUAAUGUGGAUGAAAAAUGCCAACACACUCUCGGAAUCUAAUUUACUUAACAAAAGUCCAUUGCCUCAAUUUAAUCCGACACCAGGAUCUUUAAUUAACACGAGAAUCGAUGAGACAAAUGACAACAACACUGUGUUUCCCACGACUAUCGGUAUAUUCACAACAAUAAUACCUAUGAAUAACAGCAUCACUGAUGAGGACUUAUGCUGUUAUGAGACGUCCGUCGGCUCUGUCGGUCACAUCAGCGAUGAUUUGCCGCCAAAUUAUGAACAAAUUCAUCAAAAUAAUGAUCGGUUGCCAACCUAUGAAGAAAUCACGCAAAAUGUCUAG